AUGGAAUCAAGGGAACCAGAGGUUGUCCCAAGACCCCCUGACCCUCCAGUAACACACACUCAUCCACAGCCUCGAGGAGCGUACAGAGGGAGAAGCGAUAGGGGUUACCAACCUAACAGAGCUGCAGCCGGGCAGGAACAUACUGUAGUGAGAGGAACUAGUGGGGGAAGAAAUAUCACAACCCAUUCAGUUUAUCAUGAAGAUGACCAUCAGUAUACCCCCAUUUUAGCAGAGUUUGAGAAUACUUUCAAAGAGACACCUCCGGACACAGAUUUGGUCUCGGCAGCACCACAAGCAGAGGAUAUGCACGAAGAUGGUCGUCUUGUUGAUCAUGGUGCUGCCUCGUCUUCGUUUAGGUGCACCUUUAAAUUUCUGUUACGUAUUCAUAAGCCGUCACUGAGUAGAGGCAGUGGGCUAUUCGGGGGGAUUUGGUUGUUAUGGCAGGAUUCAAUUGAUAUUGAGAUUUUGUAUACUCACCCGCAGUUUGUCUCGUUUCAGGUAGCCGAGAAUGGUUCUUCCCCGAGGCUCAUGUCUGCGGUCUAUGGCAGUCCAAAUUUGUCUCUCAGAAAGCGUCUCUUCCCCGACUUGUCUGGUCACCAUUUUUAUCCACAGGGCCCUUGGCUAUCAUUUGGGGAUUUUAACUCAGUCACGAGUAGUAACGAAGUCAGUAACACGGAAGCCUUCACUGCGUCAUGUUGUUCAGACUUCAAUGAAUGGAUCUUUAGAGAAGGAUUAGUAGAUUUGGGUUUCAGAGGCCCUUCUUUUACCUGGACAAGGGGUAUUGAUACACCUACCUUUAAAGGUGCUCGACUUGAUCGCACUUUGUGUAAUGUGGAAUGGAGUCUUCGGUUCCCAGAUACAACUGUUAAUCAUCUGCCUAGGAUUGGUUCGGACCACUCAUCGCUCCUCAUCUCUACUGCCAGUUCUUCUCUACGGAAGAGCUCUUACAGCUUCAAAUUUAAUAUAGCAUGGGCGGCGCACCCCUCAUUCCAUGAAUGUGUUCAGACAGUAUGGAAUAACGAACUUGAUCUGUUGAAUAACACUACUGCAUUGGCCCAGGUACUUCCAGAAUGGAGCAGAAACUCCUUUGGUAGUGUCUUCCAGAGGAAAAGCAAUUUAUUGGCUAGAUUAGAUGGAGUUCAACGGUGUCUUGUGAUAGGUGCAAGAGCUGAUCUUUUGAGACUGGAACGUAGCCUUUGCAAAGAAUUGGAGGAGACACUUCAUCAAGAGGAACUCAUUUGGUUCAAACGCUCACGAGAGGAGUGGAUCGUAUCUGGUGACCGGAACACACGAUUCUAUCAACUAGCAACAGCCAUGAAGAGGAGCCAUGCGAUCAUCCCUUGA